AUGCAGAUCUCCUCCGAUGCUUCGGUAAUCAAAAAUCCAGCGGUUGCACUCAGCUUGGUAACAUCCGUUUUACUGCCUGCUGACAAGGCGACUUUUCGAGCAGAGCCUGAUCUGGUUGCAAUUGGGUUGGCCGCGCAAUCGGCUCUUUUGGCCGUCGGGAGGAUAGCUGACAUGGGCCGUCGCUAUCACGAUGCCGUCGAGCUAAUUGGCCAUUUACAAGCCGAGGUUGAGGGCCAAAGGAGUAGGGCGCAAACGGAGGGCGCCCAUGCUGAGGCCAAGAUGGAGAGAGCCAGCCAUGCUGAAGAAUUGAGAUCAGUUGCCGAGAAGAGAGCGAAUGCGAGCGAUGACGCGCUUAAGUUGGCCCAGGAGGCGAUCUCUAAAUUGGAGGCUGGGUUUUGUGAGCACACACUGAUAAUCCACCUUGAAGUUAGCAAAGCAUGCCCAAGGGUGAUCAAGUGGAAUCUUAUCAAAUUACAUAAACGUAUGAAAGUCAUAUCACUACAUCAGCUGACAACAAGACAGGUAACUAUUGCUCAAUUCAGUGAGGAAAGUGAUGAAGAACUUGAUAACACUGAAGAAGAAGAAAAAGAAGAUGCUGAAAAUACUGAAGACGAAGAACAAGAAGAUGCUGAAGAAGAAAAACAAAAAGAAAGUGAUGAAGAACUUGAUGACACUGAAGAAGAAGAAAAAGAAGAUGCUGAAAAUGCCGAAGAUGAAGAACAAGAAAAUGUUGAAGAAGAAGAACAAGAAAAAGAGGUCCAUGAAACUUCUGAAGUGGUGGACAAAGAGCUCUAUCAGAAAGAGGUCCAUGAAAAUUCUGAAGUUGUGAACAAAGAGCUCCAUCAGAAAGAGGUCCAUGAGAUAACGCAACAACCUUUUGCAACAAAACAUUGUGAGACAAAUACAAAUGUGAAAGAUUGUCAAAAUUCUCAAUUGCAGAAUCAGUUACUAGAGGAAGAAGUCCAUGACUUAACCCAACAAGUUUGUGCAAUAAAAGCCGAUGAUCUGACAGAAUCAAGACAAACAAAUCUACAGAAUUCCAUGAUUAAAAAUAUCAAAGCUAAAGCAAGGAAGACUACUGAGGUGUCAGAUUAUGAGUAUAGAGGCAAGAAAGUUAGAGUUGAGAAAGAGAAGGAACACAAAGAUGAGACAAUUUCAAACAAUGCUUGUAUAUGGUUUGGUGCAAGAUAUGAAAAUUGUGUGUUUAUUAAUGAUAUCAAGAACUUAGUAAAAGGGAUAGACAUAUCCAGCUAUACAAUUGAUGCAUAUGCUGAGAUUCUUCAAAGAGAACCACAAGCACAGAAUUCUGGUGAUGGAGCAGAGCACAAUGGCAAGUCUUUCAUACUGUCAAGUCUAUAUUGGGAUACACCUUGUCAAGCAGAAAAAGCCUGGAAUCCUGAUGUCAAGAUUGAAUUAGUCAAAGACAGCCCUCAACAAUAA